AUGUUCAGAGUGAAUUCAUUAGUAAAGAGCUUGGUGGUAUCUCUGAGGGCCACGAGCAUACGGUCAAAUUUAUUAUUCACAGGAUUCAGGUCUUCCAUCCCCGUUUCUACGUCGGUUUUCAGUACCCCCAGUGUGUUUGGAUCUUUGAAUCCGAUCAGAACCUUUAAGGUUAGAACCUCAGUGAAAAAGUUCUGUAAGGACUGUUAUAUGGUGAGAAGGAAGGGAAGAGUGUACGUGUAUUGCAAAAGUAAUGGAAAACAUAAACAGAGACAGGGAUAA